AUGCAGGUCAUGAGAGAUGGUAUGAUUGCACAAUCAGGAAAGUAUGAUGAAUUAGUAGAAGCAGGUUCUGAUUUUGCAGCUCUUGUUGCUGCUCAUGACAGUUCAAUGGAACUGGUGGAGCAACGUUGUCAAGUAGAGAAACCUGAGCAUUUUCAGCCUACUGCAGUAGUUAGAAUCCCUUCUCUACGCUCUAGAUCCAUUGGAAAGGGUGAGAAGGUGAUUGUUGCACCAGAAAUAGAAGCAGCCACUUCUAAGAUUAUACAGGAAGAGGAAAGGGAGUGGUCAAUCGUGUGGCAGGGCUCUGAUAUGGCUAGUGACUAUUGGCUAUCGUACGAAACGUCAGGAAGCAUACCAUUUAACCCAUCAUUGUUCAUUGGAGUGUAUGUGGCCAUAGCAGCUUUUUCGAUGGUCCUUCAAGUUGCCUGGCCAUCAGUUAUAGCCGUAAUUCCACUUCUACUAUUGAACAUUUGGUACAGGAAUUUGUUGGCAGCAUGGAAAAUAGAAGAGCAUCUUCCUUCUUCAAAUUGGCCCACUCAUGGGGACAUUGACAUUAAGGAUCUAAAGGUUAGGUAUCGACCAAAUACACCUUUAAUUCUGAAAGGCAUUAAUAUAAGUAUCAGUGGUGGAGAAAAGAUAGGAGUUGUAGGAAGGACAGGCAGUGGCAAGUCAACUUUGAUCCAAGCGUUGUUCAGGCUCGUAGAACCUGCAGAGGGAAAAAUGAUCAUUGAUGGAAUAGACAUAUGCACACAGGGUCUGCAUGAUUUGAGAUCUCAUUUUGGCAUAAUUCCACAGGAACCAGUACUGUUUGAAGGAACAAUUCGAAGCAACAUUGAUCCAAUUGGGCAGUAUUCAGAUGCAGAAAUAUGGCAGGCUCUUGAGCGCUGUCAGUUGAAGGAUGUAGUAGUUUCCAAACCUGAAAAACUUGAUGCUCCAGGUCUGGUAAAAGAAUUUGACUCACCAUCGAGGUUGAUCGAACAACCGUCCCUCUUCGGUGCUAUGGUUCAGGAGUAUGCCAAUCGCUCAUCGAACCUGUAA